CCUAAUUUGUUCCCUUUUCUGGUAAUGCCACAUUGUGUGUCGGCUGUGUAAAGCAACGAAAGUACAAAAGUAAACAGUAGCUGAAGCAAGAUGGCAGAUUUUACUCCUGAGGCUGUGUUGGAUGUAAUAAGUCGUGGUCACCUGGAUUGCUCAAUCUGCAUGGAGAGAUUCACCGACCCUAAACUCCUCAAGUGUCGUCAUAAUUUCUGCAAAAAAUGUCUUGAAGACAUGAUGGAAGCCCAAAGGAAAGCCCUAAACGUCAUCUGCUGCCCCGCCUGUCGACAAGACACGGUCAUUCCAAAAGCAGGGAUUGCUGGCUUGGACAGCAACUUUACGCUGAAGGCCCUGGUGGAUGAAGUCAGCCAGACAGAGAUCCUCCUCCGGCGACAGAGAUCCAGGAUCAUUUGCGAGUUGUGCGUCGAAGGAAAACAAGCCGUCAGUAGAUGCUGUGAUUGCAACGUGAAUCUCUGCCAAGAAUGCCACACAAGCCACAAGCGUAUGAAGACAACCAACGCCCAUGAAGUGGUGACGAUCGAUGACCUGCGGUCUGGAAAAGCGACUUAUGUAAGUGGCCAAAGGAAUGAGAUUCCCAAGUGCAAGAAACACGACCAACAGGACCUGAUUUUCUACUGCGCCACUUGUAGCACAUUGAUAUGCACUGCUUGUGCAGCUGUUGACCACCGGGCACAUAUAGUAGGAGAUAUAUCAGCCGCCAGCACUGAAUUUGAAGAAAUAAUAUCUCAUCUUCUCAAAAAGGUUGAGGAAAAGUUGAAGAAAUGCAAGGCUGCAAAAGACGUAGCUUUGCAGUCGCGCAAUAAGCAUAGCAAGAUGGUUUCGGAAAAACAAACGGCUAUCACUCAAAAAGCCGAUGAAGACGUGGCGAGAAUCCGCGAGAACGAGCGUCGUCUUAAAGAUCAGCUUUUAGAAAUCUCAGCCAAGAAGGAGAAGCAGAUUGCAGACCAUCUGACACAACUUGAAGAAAAUACAAGGCAUACAAAGGCAACGCUGGACAGGGUGAAGAAUGAUACUUUCAAAAUUAUCCCCUUUGACCUGCUUAAGAUGAAAGAUAGCAUUUUGCAUGACUUAGAAGUUGCAGAAGGAUGGAGCAUUCCUGAUCCAGUUCGAUGUAUGACAAGUGAAGAUUUCAAACAGAGUGGAACCUUAUCACAGGCAGAUCUUGAUUUUUUGAAUGGCGUUACGAAGCGACCACCACUUCAACCUCGGCCGAGGAUUUACAGUAAUUCGGGCCAAAAGGCGACCCCAAAUGAGGCCAGAGGACAAGUCACAGAGGAUGAGGCUGCGAUCACCCCUGUUGAGGUUGAAGUUCAAGUCACCGAGGGUGAGGCCGCAAUCACUCCUCAGGUCAUCAACCAAAAAAUUGAAGAUGAGGCUGCGAUCACUCCUGUCCAGAAGGAUGAAGACAUAUUUGUGACUCACAAGAAGAAGUUUGACAAAAGGGUAGGGAGGAGAGUCAUUGGAGGAGGAGGACCUCUACAGGGCUACUAGAAACAUCGCCGUUGUAAAGAUGAUGUUGCACGUAGUGAAGACUAAGUAGCCAGGUGUGUUAUUCAAAAUUGCACAAAAGUGCAAA